AUGGCGGUCAGUCAGUCGGUCGUUGGCCGUGCCAACGCCAAAAAGGCCCACGGUCUCGUGGGUAUGCUGCAGAAUCCUUAUGUCUUCUCGACCUGUCUGUUCGCCUCUCUGGGAUGUAUCAUGUACGGUUACGAUCAGGGUGUCAUGGGCCCUGUCCUGGUCAUGGAGAACUUCAGGAACCACUUCCCGUACUUUGACGGAUCCACCAUUCAAGGUUGGCUCGUGGCCUCCCUCGAGCUUGGUGCUUGGGCGGGUGCGUUGAUCAACGGUGUCCUUGCGGAUCGCAUCUCUCGAAAGUACGCUAUGAUGACGGCGGUGAUUAUCUUCACUAUCGGUACUGGUCUGCAGACUGGUGCGCAGACUCCCGCCUACUUCUUCGCCGGCCGAAUCGUCGGUGGUAUCGGUAUUGGUAUGUUCAGUAUGGUCAUUCCACUGUACCAGGCCGAGAUUGCGCCUCCUGAGCUGCGUGGUUCGCUGGUCUCUCUCCAGCAACUGUCCAUCACCAUCGGUACCGCCAUCUCCUUCUGGCUGGACUACGGUAUGCAGUUCGUCGGUGGCAACACCUGCAACCCCGAGGGCAUUGCCAACCCCUACCUCCCCGAUCACACCUACAACUCGGCUCAGAACCACGGUCACACCUGCUUGGGCCAGAAGACCAUUGCCUGGCGUCUGCCGCUGGGUCUCCAGAUCAUCCCCGCCUGGAUUCUCUUCUUUGGCAUGUUCUUCUUCCCCUUCUCCCCUCGUUGGUUGAUGAUGAAGCACCGCGAGGAGGAGGCCCGUACCGCUCUCUCCAAGCUCCGCCGUCUCCCUCCCCACGACCCCCUGGUCCAGGCCGAGUUCCUCGAGAUCUUGGCUGCCGUGAAGUUCGAUGAGGAGACCGAGCGUGAGAUGGUCGGCUCCGGUGGUGCUCUUGCUCCCUGGAAGGCUCUGUUCGCCCCCAACAUGUUCAAGCGUCUGAUGCUCGGUUGCGGAACCAUGAUUUGCCAGCAGUUCACCGGUAUCAACGCUGUUCUGUACUAUGCGCCCCAGAUUUUCAGCAGUUUCGGUUUCUCCUCCACCAAGACCACCCUGUUGGCCACCGGUGUCACUGGUAUCCUGCAGAUCAUCUUCACUCUCCCCGCCGUCGGUUUCCUGGACAAGUUCGGUCGUAAGACUUUCCUCAUCACCGGUGCCGCCGGUAUGUUCCUGUGUCACAUCGUCGUUGCCGCCGUCGAGGGUGUCUACAAGCCCGAAUGGGACAAGAAGGAGGGUCUGGCACAGACCCAAGGUUGGGUUGCCAUCGCCUUCAUCUGGCUGUUUGCCGUCAACUUUGCCUACUCUUGGGGUCCCGUUGCUUGGGUCUUGACUCAGGAAAUCUUCCCCAACAGUCAGCGUUCCCGUGGUGUCGCCAUCGUCGCUUCCACCAACUGGAUGUUCAACUUCAUCAUCGGUCUGACCACCAAGGACAUGCUGGACUCGAUGAAGUACGGUACCUACAUCUUCUUUGCCAUCUUCAGUGCGCUGGGUGGUUUAUUCAUUUGGAAGUUUGCUCCCGAGACCAAGGACAAGACUCUGGAGGAGUUGGAUAUCUUCUUCGGCGGCGCCAAGGAGAGUAUUGCCGAGGCGGACCGUGCUCGCAUGGAGCGCAUCUACGCCGAGUUGGGUCUGGCUGGCGUCGAGAACGUCGAGGACCUCAAGGGCGAGAAGCAGCCCAUCACCGAGGAGGUCGAGGCCACUCACCACGCUUAA